CUGAACUUCAACAAGACUGAUUUGACAAGGCAGAUAGGAUAGUUGCACAGAAAACCGUAAUUGUAUUUAAAUGACUUUGGAUAAUUUUGAAGAUAUAAUGUUUCUUUGAGUGCAAAGUAACUUUGUGAAAAGGGAAUAGUACUAUUCUCCUGCUCUCAGUUACUUCCCCAUCUGGACCCAUCUGACUUCCAGCCAAUUAGCAGAGGCCCCUUGAAGCCCUGGCUCCUCCCGCUGUCCCUGUGCCAUGGCGAAGAGUGACACGUGGCCGGGCGGUGUUGCCAUGGAAUCCUUGAUCAAUAUGGACAGCGCUGGGAGCUAUGACAGUGUGGUCAGCAUGAACUCUGGCUUUAGUGAUGACAGUCUGGAGUACCUCUCUGUUGAGGAGCGGGCAUGCCUCAUGUUUCUGGAGUCCACCAUUGAGUCCCUGGAGAUGGAGGAGGACAGUGGCCUGUCCAAUGAUGAACCAGACCCCAGCAGCCUGGCAGCCGAACAUGACCACCUCUCUAUGGGACAGACUAGACUGGAGGAUGUAUCAAAACUCCAGCAUGACGACUCAGGAAGAGAUCGGAAGUCCUAUCUGAACUGCCGAGUGCCUACACCACUUCUUCUGGCAAAUGGCCUUGCCAGUAUCCAGCUCAAAGUCACAGGGGCAACCACUCAUCCCAGUGUCCCAACUGCAGCAAUUGAGCCCAAAGCCCCAUUAGUAGCAACCCAGCCCAGUACCCCAGGGGCAGUCACUGAUCUGAAACCCCAAAAGGUAAUCACUGAACCCUCAGUCCCAGAAGAAUUCACGGACCCUAAAGCUUCAAAGAUAGCAACUGUGCCCAAGACCUCAGAGUUGUCUUCUGACAUCAAAGCUCCUGGGUUGGCCACUAUCACAAAAGUUCCGGUGCUGUCCACUGAAUUUAAAAAUCCCAAAACAACCCUUUCAUUAGCCACGUCAGAUUUACCCACAGAUGAUUCUGUGGACAACAUGCCUAAAGGAGUCUCUGUAGACAGCAAGCCUGCGAAGUGCAACACUAAGGUUCCAUCUGAGCUGGAUCUGAAGCUGAUUCCCCCUCCCUCAGACUUCAGGGAUGAUGAGCUAGAGGAAGAGAGUGAUCCUCCAGUGCCUGCAGAACUCAGAGGUCCUCUGACCUACAGUGAGCUGGAGCAACUACGCAGGCAGGUCUCCAUGAAGAGAGCUGCACCAGCCUCCCCUGGAGCCCAAGAGGCACCACCUUCUAAACCCUGUGUUGAUCUGCCUGUCAGUACCCAAUCACUACCCUCCCCCUCAGAUGUCCUACCCACCCCUAUUCCUGAGGCCCUGGAACCAAAGAGCCGACCUGCUGUGGCCCCUAAGCCCAAGAGGCUUCCCUCCAACAUUAUCCUGAAGUCUCACAAGUUAGACAGUCACCCAAGCCCCUCGCCCAUUGACAGGUCAAUGAUUGACCCCCAGAAGGUGCGCAGGGAGGCCCUACGGAAGCUUGGGCUCCUGAAGACUGAGGAUGGAGACUCAGGCCCUGUUGUUUCAUCCAAAUCCAGGAAGUCAUGGGCAUCCCCUCCUUCUCACAGCCUGGUUACCACCCAGACAAAAGCCCCAGCCAAAAUCCCUACCCCAGCUCCAGUCCCAGCCAUCACCCUUACCCCAGUUUCUGCCCCAGCACUAACUCCAGCACUAGUCCCAGCCCCAGUUUCAGCGACUAUCCCAGCCCCUCCCACUACCCCAGCCCCAGUUUCAGCGACUAUCCCAGCCCCUCCCACUACCCCAGCCCCAGUUUCAGCGACUAUCCCAGCCCUUCCCACUACCCCAGCCCCAGUUUCAGCGACUAUCCCAGCCCCUCCCACUACCCCAGCCCCAGUUUCAGCGACUAUCCCAGCCCCUCCCACUACCCCAGCCCCAUUUUCAGCGACUAUCCCAGCCCCUCCCACUACCCCAGCCCCAGCCCCAGCCCAAUUCAGUGACAAUGCCAAAACUCUGCCCUCACCUGCUACACUUCCUUCACCACCCAAGCAUAUUCCCCCUCCCAUAGGGGUCAAAUCAGCGACUCUGGAGCGCUCCGGCCUGAGCAGCUACAUGGCCAGUAAUGCCUCCCUCAGGGCCAACCAAGGUCCCAAAGUCGCACUGUCCCCUGGCAACCUGCGCAACUCUAGACCCCGCCCCGCCUCCCUAGGAACUGGGAAAGACUUUGUGAAUGUUCAGGGUGAGGCCUCCCACCCCCAGCCAGUUCAUGGGGAGUCCCAUAACAAGCUGCCCCGCUCCCAUGGCAUCAGUGUGCUCAUCUGCCCCAACAGCAAGAGUGGAGAGGACCGACGGGAGGCCCUGAAGAAGCUAGGACUGCUGGGGGACUGAGGGCAUGAAGAGGGGCAAUGGAACUUUACCAUUACAGAAUCAAUAUGAGGGGUGAGGUCUAAGGAGGAUGUUCUUAAUAUGGAUUCCGUACAACUAAGCCAUCCUCUAGUCUUUGGUCACUGGGACACUUACAUUUAUGGGAAGAUUAUUCUCCCCAUAAAAAUGCCUUCUUAGCAAUAUGCAAGGAGCACUAUUUGAUUGAUGGAGAAUUACUUGGCUCUACAGACAGCUACAGUAUAUAUUCAUAGAGGGCAGUGUCUUUUUGCCUUACUGCACAGAAAUGCUGUAUGUACCCGAAGACUGCCUUUUAAUGAAUAUCAUGAUUACAAUAUACUACUAUGAGAUACUACACUAACUACAGUAUGCAUUACAGUAGGUAAAUGAAAGGCUGUUUGUAAACCUCAUUUGACAUAUUCAGUAAUUUUCUAAAUAAAAUAUAAUAAACUCCAUGAGGGAUGUUGUGUUAUGAAAUUGUAUGGCAUCCUCUACACAGUCUGUUUUCUAAAAUGGGGAAUAGACAUGAUGUUAUUGUUACAGUUAAGGAUGUGCCUUUAUAACUUCUCUUUUCGUGUAACCUUUGACAAGAAUACUAUUGUUUUAACUUCCUAAAGUUCCUCUAACCUCCCCUCAAAGUUAUUGUUUUUUGGGGGACCAUGGCAACCAGUAAAAAUGUUUUUGCUGAUUUGCAAUUUGACUGACUCAAUUAAAGGUGUCUAAAGACUU